UAGGAUCUGGUUUCUGGAAUAAAGUUUGCUUCUGGUUUAUUAGACUUGGUGGUGCUCUCAUCUUUGCGCGUCCCCCCUGGACCCAACAUUUUGGUGGCCCGUACGGGGAAGCGCAAACCUGGUUUUGAGGGAGCACCCCAGUCUCUGGUUUUUGGCAAACUUUAUUAUUCUGUGGUUACCAAUUGAAUGUCAGGGAGGCCGCUGCAGCUGUCUGCAGCCCUUGUGAAGCCGGAGCUACUCAGACCUUCUGCUCCCUUGCAGAGCACUUCGCCCUCCUGUCCUCCCCCAACUUCCUACUUCAGAGCUGAGCCUCUUUAGCACUCUUUCAGGGAAGCCACAGGUGGUCAGCGAUGGGCGAUGGUGUCUCCUGCUCUCCCUGUCUGCACUGUGGGACUUCCUGAUGGGGAUGGCAGCCCCUGCCUGGUUUAUUUCCUCUUUCAACCAGUGAUCUGUAUAACUAAAAACUUCAGACUCCUUCCUUUCCUGAGAAAUCUCAAGAGAAAUCAAGAGAUACUGUCCUGUUUACACGUUCCCCGACCUGGGGAUUGGAUUGCCAACAAUUUCUCCAGAUAAUGUUCACCACUGAAGAAAGAGAUAGAAUUCAGCAAAAAUGCCGUAAGCAGGUUCCAGGAUGAGAUGGACGACCAACUAACGAUGAGGCAGUCAUUAAGAGAUGGUCUCCGAGCCCCUGCUAGACUGCUCACCAAUCUGUCUGAGACUCCUGAGAACCAAAUGGCAGUCAGCCUGGCUUUUGUCAACUGAGCAGCCCCAGAUAUUAAGAGGAAGCUCCAGCAACUCAGAGGACUUAAAGGAGUCCAAGCUUCAGCAGGCUUCUGUCUGUGCUAGCACUGCUGACAACCAGGGAGAGGAUCGCCCCUCCCCCACAGGUACUGCAGUCUCAGACUCAAAUGCCAAGGAGGAGCCAGGAGAACAGAGGGAAGCAGAGACAACUACAAGGCCAGGUACCAAGGAUGGCCACCGUCAGAUGCUUCUCCUGGACGAUGGUUGGUUUUGGUCUCACAAAAUGACUCCUGCUCCAAAGCCACACAGUGGGAACCCCAGAGCAGAGCAGAGCAGCUGCAGAGCAGACCCAACAGGAAAGGACAAAUGGCCUGCAGCCCCUCCCCCGCCUAAAACUUCAGCUGGAAAAAAGACAGAUGGGCACAGAAGAAGAUCUACUCAAAACUGGCUCAAAGUUGGCAGCACUACCCACUGGGAAAACCUGCCUUUCACCUCAACUACUGCAAAGACUCUCUUCAGAUGGUGGAGGAUGUGGGCACUGGGAAAUUGACUGCCUUGAGUUGCCUAAGGCAAAAGGUAGGCUGGUCCUCCCAUGAGUCCUUACUCCACAGAAGUCUAUGGGAUGUUCUGGGACUUUGCCAGCCUGAAGAGGGAUGUUGCCUUCUCACCUGCCCUGAAAGACCAUGGAGGACCCUGGGGUAGCUGUCUAGGCAGCCAGCAAGUAAGUCUCUGUCAUUUUUUUAACGUCAAUACCUCAGGUAAAAUUUAUUCCUCUCAGAACUCUGAUGCUGUUUGACGACUAAUAGCUUAAAAAGACAGAGAGACAGAGAGAUAGAGAGAGAAAGAGAAAAAGACA